GGUGCCGCGCGGGACCGGCCGGUGCCCGGCUCGGGCUGCGGGGCAGGGCCCAGCGCGGGCCCCGCGGCGCGGAGGGGAAGCCCCUCCCGCCGCUCGGAGGCCCCGAGGGGGAACCCAGGGGUGAUGCCAUGGCCGCUGCCAGCUCCAGCAGGGCCAGGGCUGGGCUGCCCUGCGAGAAGUCCCAGCUCUCCAUAAAAGUGGUGUCCGUGAAGCCCAAGGCGCACGGCCGCUCCUCACGGAUGAGCUGCUACGUGGAGGUGGUGGGCGACGGGCUGCCUGGCGAGACCAAGAAGACCGGGAAGCAGAUUGGGAGCUCUGAGCUGCUGUGGAACGAGAUCCUCACCCUGAACGUCACGGCUCAGAGCCACCUGGACCUGAAGGUGUGGAGCUGCCAUACCCUGCGGAACGAGCUGCUGGGCACGGCCUCGCUCAGCCUGGGCAGCCUGCUGAAGGGCGGCGGGAAACUGGAGAACAGGCAGCUGACCCUGGACCUGCAGAUGGAGAACAAAGGCAGUGUUGUGUCUGUCGGAGAGCUGACGAUUUUCCUGGACGGGCCUGCUGUUGAUCUGGGAAGCCUGCCUAAUGGCAGCGCCGUGACAGAGGGGUCCCAGGUGCCUGCACGAGACCACAGCAGUGUGGCUGCAGCCACGGAGAGCAGACACCAGCCUCCCAGUACAAACUGCUUUGGAAGCAGACCAAGGACACACCGACAUGCAGCUGGAGUGGCCAGGCAAAACACAGGGAGUGGAGAGCAAAGUCCCAGUGCCAGGAGCCGGCACUGGCAGCAGGCCAAGGGCGCGCAGCACAACGGCACGGUGAAUGGAGAUGCAGCGGGUUCUGCGGACACCGAAGAGGAGAGGCCGGCAGCAGGAGCGGCUGUACCGACGCCGGCGGCACCGAGCGUGGCUGACGGCUCCGUGGCUCCUGCCCCUCCUGCCCUGCCCAGCUCUGGAGAGGCAGAGGAGGCAGCUCCUGGCUCCAGCGCCCCGGCAGCACGGGCAGCAGUGCUGGCCCUGGAUGCUCUGCCCCCCGGGUGGGAACAGCGAGAGCUGCCUAAUGGUAGAGUCUACUAUGUAGACCACAACAACAAGACCACCACGUGGGAGAGACCUCUUCCUCCAGGGUGGGAGAAGCGUGUGGAUCCUCGAGGCAGGUAUUACUAUGUGGACCACAACACCCGGACCACCACGUGGCAGCGCCCCACGGCCGAGUACGUCAGGAACUAUGAGCAGUGGCAGUCCCAGCGAAACCAGCUCCAAGGGGCCAUGCAGCAGUUCAGCCAAAGAUUCCUGUACCAGUCAUCCGGCGCCCCGUCCGACAAUGAUCCUCUGGGUCCCCUUCCCCCCGGCUGGGAGAAGAGACAGGACAAUGGGCGAGUCUAUUACGUGAACCACAACACACGGACCACCCAGUGGGAAGACCCUCGCACGCAGGGCAGGAUGAUCCAGGAGCCGCCGCUGCCGCCCGGCUGGGAGAUGAAGUACACGAAUGAGGGCGUGCACUACUUUGUGGACCACAACACUCGCACCACCACCUUCAAGGACCCACGCCCAGGCUUUGAGUCUGGGAGUAAGCAGGGUGGCUCCCCAGGGGCGUAUGACCGGAGCUUUCGCUGGAAGUACCACCAGUUCCGAUUCCUCUGCCAUUCAAACGCGUUGCCCAGCCAUGUGAAGAUCAGCGUUUCCCGACAGACACUCUUUGAGGACUCCUUCCAGCAGAUCAUGAACAUGAAGCCAUAUGACCUGCGCCGCCGCCUGUACAUCAUCAUGCGAGGAGAGGAGGGCCUGGACUAUGGCGGCAUUGCCAGGGAGUGGUUCUUCCUCCUGUCCCAUGAGGUGCUGAACCCCAUGUACUGCCUCUUCGAGUAUGCUGGCAAGAACAACUACUGCCUGCAGAUCAACCCUGCCUCCUCCAUCAACCCCGACCACCUCACCUACUUCCGCUUCAUCGGCCGCUUCAUUGCCAUGGCUCUCUAUCAUGGGAAGUUCAUUGAUACUGGCUUCACGCUGCCCUUCUACAAGCGGAUGCUGAACAAGCGGCCCACGCUGAAGGACCUGGAAUCCAUCGACCCUGAGUUUUACAACUCCAUCGUCUGGACCAAGGAGAACAGCCUGGAAGAGUGUGGCCUGGAGCUGUAUUUUAUUCAGGACAUGGAGAUCCUGGGCAAGGUGACCACCCAUGAGCUGAAGGAGGGUGGUGAGAGCAUCCGGGUGACAGAGGAGAACAAGGAGGAAUACAUCAUGCUGCUGACAGACUGGAGGUUCACACGGGGUGUGGAGGAGCAGACCAAGGCUUUCCUGGAUGGCUUCAACGAGGUGGUGCCCCUGGAGUGGCUGCGAUACUUCGAUGAGAAGGAGCUAGAGCUGAUGCUGUGUGGCAUGCAGGAGAUCGACAUGAACGACUGGCAGAAGAACACCAUCUACAGGCACUACACCAAGAACAGCAAACAGAUCCAGUGGUUCUGGCAGGUGGUUAAAGAGAUGGACAAUGAGAAGAGGAUCCGGCUGUUGCAGUUUGUGACGGGGACCUGUCGCCUGCCCGUCGGGGGCUUCGCUGAGCUCAUCGGCAGCAACGGGCCCCAGAAAUUCUGCAUUGAUAAAGUUGGCAAAGAGACGUGGCUGCCUCGGAGCCAUACAUGCUUUAACCGUCUGGAUCUCCCUCCCUACAAGAGCUACGAACAGCUGAAGGAGAAGCUGCUUUAUGCCAUUGAGGAGACGGAAGGAUUUGGACAGGAGUGAUGGAGCUUUGGUGCUUUCCCCGGGGUGGGGAGGGCCCGGGAAUCCCGCCGGCCGUGAGGUCCUGCCCGCCGCGCCGGUGCCGGGACGGUGCCGCAGGCAGCUGCCGACGCUCUUGCUCCUGUUCCCGUGCGAGAUCCGCAGUGACGCAGCCCCGGGGGCCGCGUUUCCCUCCUCAGGCCCACGGAGGCGCGGCGGGGACGGGGUGCGGAGGCCGAGGCUGUGCUGGCGGGGCUGGCGCCGGGGCCGGGCAGGCAGCGCGGUGCACCGGCCCCCACUCCCCUCGCGGAUGCUGCUAAAGUGGCCUAAGGGAAAGUAUGAAAGGAAACGUCUUUUAUCUUUCUUAUUUCGGCACAGGCUAUUUUUCCCCCUAGUCUUUUCUGCCUUUUCGUGGCAUUUUAAUAAAUGCAGGUGAGGAGUGGCAA